AUGGCGAGAGACGACAAGAAGACAACAGAAGAGGUGGACGGCGUGCCACGGGAGCGCGAGGGCACACGACCGGACUUUUCGAUUCCACCGCCGCGCAAGAAGCUGCCCAAGGAGCUACAGCAGACAUUGGACUCUGACGAGAAGAUGUGGGAGAUCCUGACCGAUGGACGAGCGGAAGACACGACCGAUACGAACGUCCGUUACGCUGCGUAUGCCUCUCGCGUGAGGACUAUUAUGAUGAGCGCGCAUCGCUACGUUGCGUAUACUUCUGAUAUCGGAGAGAGCUUCCGGCCAGUCGCCCACCCCUACAUCGUCCGCAGCGCCUACGGCAUCUCAUGGCUCUAUAUCGCAGGAGAUGUAGCGAAUGAGGGAUACAAAGCAUACAUGCGAAAUCAGCGCGUCCUGAACCCAGAAACCGCCCACGAGACCGCCCACGAGACCGCCCACGGAAAUAUCGUAAACAAGAUCAAGAGCGUCAAGGACAACAUUACAGACACUUCUGGUAUCAAGGCCGGAGACUCAGACGGCACCAGCUUGACUGGAGGCGAAGUUUCGCCGGGUCGCAUACCCGCCAUUGAGGACUGGAGGGCUGUCGCCGCACAACGAGCUGUGUUCCAGAGUGUUGCCAGCAUGGGAUUGCCCGCCCUGACCAUUCACAGCAUCGUGCGGUACUCAGGAAUAGCGAUGAAAAACGUGAAGAACGUGCGACUAAGGACUUGGGGUCCUAUCGGACUUGGUAUUGCUGCAGUCCCAGCCCUACCGUUCGUUUUCGACGAACCAAUUGAGCACUUGACGGAGCAGAUCUUCUAUCACGCGUUCAAGGCGAUCGGUGGACCUCAAGCGGUGGAAGGACGACCAGUUACUGGGCAAAAGGAAUUGCGGAAGGCUGAGAGUCAUAUUGCAUCAGCGACGACACCUGAGUUGUAA